CUCGUAACCACCUCGCAACCGCUUGCGACGUUCUGCGCACUCUGCCUCUUAAAUCCGGCGAUCCAUCUCCUUUCCGCGCGAAGAAAUCUCAAGCCAUCCUCCUAACGCACUUUCUGUUCGUCGCAGAGAAGUUCGCGUCAGAUCGUCGACUUCUUGUUGAUUAUGGCGAGAGGCGACAAAGCUCUUGCCGGGCAAAAAGAAGACAUCCCGGGCCAUUUCUUCCCUCCCGAUCCUACCAAAAACCGGACGAUAUACUUCAGAGGCUUAUAUCUCUCCAUCGUCAAGAAGGAAACGGACGGCGUGAAAACACACAUAGACAACGAAACCCCCUCAACCGAAUAUCUCCCCUACGAGAUUCCUGCUGGAUAUACUUGUUAUAUCAGGGGUGCUAGUGUAUAUUUCAAAACUUAGGAGGAUAGCGUCAGGCCUGCGACGAUAGGGGGCUCAAAUAAAACAACGAGUGGGUGCGACGUGCAUACGUCUCUGCAAGGGUAGGCAAGCGAGUUAGGCAAAGGUGUGGGCGGCCCAACGUUGUCGCCUGUCCACGUGCAUACGAGCGUCCUAGCAAUGGCAGUCAUGAUUGGUUCCCAUAACGCCA